GGCUGCCGUGUCUUCCUUCCGGGCUUGCCGAAGAAAGUUGAGGGAGGUUCAGCCGCAGCUGGGGCUUUACAUAAUGGACAGCCAGGGAAGGAAAGUGGUGGUCUGUGACAAUGGAACCGGGUUUGUCAAGUGUGGCUAUGCAGGCUCCAACUUCCCAGAGCACAUCUUCCCUGCGCUUGUUGGGAGGCCCAUCAUUCGCUCCACAGCCAAAGUGGGAAAUAUUGAGAUUAAGGACCUGAUGGUAGGAGAUGAGGCCAGUGAGCUGCGCUCCAUGCUGGAGGUGAACUAUCCCAUGGAAAAUGGCAUUGUCAGGAACUGGGAUGACAUGAAGCACCUAUGGGAUUACACCUUCGGCCCAGAGAAGCUCAAUAUCGACUCUCGCAACUGCAAGAUCCUACUCACUGAACCCCCCAUGAACCCUACCAAAAACCGGGAGAAAAUCAUUGAGGUGAUGUUUGAGACCUACCAGUUUGCAGGAGUCUACAUUGCUAUUCAGGCUGUUCUGACACUGUAUGCUCAAGGUCUUCUCACCGGUGUGGUGGUGGACUCAGGUGAUGGUGUGACACACAUUUGUCCAGUGUACGAGGGCUUCAGUCUGCCCCAUCUGACAAGACGCCUCGACAUCGCAGGCAGGGACAUCACCCGCUACCUCAUUAAGUUGUUGUUGUUGAGAGGUUAUGCCUUCAAUCACUCUGCAGACUUUGAGACAGUGCGCAUGAUGAAAGAGAAGCUGUGCUACGUUGGCUACAACAUCGAGCAGGAGCAGAAGCUGGCCCUGGAGACCACCGUGCUGGUGGAAUCAUACACGCUGCCAGAUGGUCGUGUGAUCAAGGUGGGAGGAGAGCGGUUCGAGGCACCCGAGGCUCUGUUCCAGCCCCACCUCAUCAACGUGGAGGGUGUUGGAGUGGCUGAGCUCCUCUUCAACACCAUCCAGGCAGCUGACAUAGACACCAGGCCUGAGUUCUACAAACACAUCGUGCUGUCAGGAGGAUCCACCAUGUAUCCAGGUCUGCCGUCUCGGCUGGAGAGAGAACUCAAGCAGCUGUACCUGGAGCGUGUGCUCAAAGGAGAUGUGGACAAGCUCUCGAAAUUUAAGAUCCGGAUUGAGGAUCCUCCCAGGCGAAAGCACAUGGUGUUCCUGGGCGGCGCAGUGCUAGCCGACAUCAUGAAGGACAAGGACAACUUCUGGCUGACCCGGGAGGAGUACCAGGAGAAAGGAGUCCGUGUGCUGGAAAAACUGGGUGUCACCGUCAGAUAAAGCUUCGGACAGACAGAACACACACACACAAACACACAAACAUAUGAAAACACAAAUACACAUUUCACCAUUCGCCCACAUCGCAGAGUUUAUAUCUAUUUAUCCCCCUUCUACGUUUUUUGGGCUCUUGAUUCUCUUCAAACAUCAAAUGGAGUCAAGCCCUCUCCUCCUUCUUCUCUCCUCUCCCCUCCGCCUUUUCUUCCUCUUCUCCUUCUCGAGGAUUGGCUCAGAAUUUGUCUCGCAAGCCCAGAGGAAGUAAUUUCAUGCUUGCAGAUUUCAACUGAAACUCCUUGAGAGUCAGAGUUUUUGUUUUCUCUGAAAAACCUGCAAAUAGAUUUAUCAUUUUAGCAGGCGAGACCAUCGAACAGCUGAAAGUUUAGCUUCUUUUCCAAACCUUUAGGGGAAUUGUUGAUGCAAACUUUCAAACUCCUACUGUCACAAUCACAGCCUAUCAAAAACAGUCACGUCCGCUUUCAGCAUCUUUUUCAGGUGAGCGCGAACUGAUCACAUUUUUGUUUGUUUUUUAUUAUAAACGAUAUCAUGACCUUUAUUUUUCUGGGUGAAGGAUUUUUGCUCUUUUCUUUUGCUGGAUGUAUGAGUUAUCUUUAAAGUUAUUUUUAUUUUUUCCAUUAAGUUUCUUGUUUCGUUGCUGUGCACUGCUAUAAAUGUAAAGUGCACACAGUGAUAUAAAUUGUUUUUUUUUUCUUAACAAAUUAAAUAAUGGUUGAUUGAUAAAGGGACGAAUAAAAAGCCCUGAGCUUGACAUGGAGUGUGUGACGGUACGUUUGGGGUUAACGGGGAGUUACUGUUAGUGCAUCAUCAAACAGCCUUGGGUCUGUUGCCUCUUUAGAAAUAAAUCUUAAGAUGAAUAUAUGGAUUUGAACUGUCGCAGCUUGAUUUGAAGCUGAGAUGUCACCUUACGUAUCAUGUUCUCAUGGAUCCAAACACUUGGAGGCAGGUGCAGGUUCAGGAUCUAUUUGCAACAUGAAACCUGGAAAUCAAACGGUAUCCUAAUAAAGUUGAAAUGUUGUUGAGACCAUAUUUAAGUUCUCCAGUUUUUGGCUCCCUGAGGUUGACU